AUGAUAAAAAGUUUGAAAAUUUUUCUUUCCCUUUUUCUCCCAACCGAGCCCUUUUCCCUCGGAAUUCUCGACGGUUCCGCCGCUUACAAUUUCGAUCAAUACAGAGGAAAAACAUUUGAUGGCUUCAUUCGGCACUCUAAUAAUCCGAAUUAUGUUCGCUUGGCGAAUAAGGAUAUGUCGCAGUACAGAUUGAUUACUGAGGGAGAGUGGGAAAGAAUGGACAAUACUCAAUGGAACAACAAUCAGAAUAGGCAGGGAGAAGAAAUUCAAGAAAAUCAGCCAGUAGUCGAGUUCAUCGAGUCUGAAAUCCCAACCACCAUCAUUCCAAUCGUCACCACCCGCGCCCGCCUCGACUGUUCCACAAUCCAGCCUGAUGUGUACCCUGAAUGCUCCGGCUGGAUAAAAAAGUGCCACGUCAAAGAUAUCUUCAUUUCCUGCCCGAGCACUUGUAGUGGCUGCUAG